CAGUUCUCUUUCUAGCACGCGUUCGGUCAGUCUCGUUUCGAUCUGUAGUCUAAACAGUUAAACAACGCUUGUUCUUCAAUGAUUUUCCGUUUAUCAAGAAUCUCGAUCUUGGCGCUGGCGCUUUGGCUGCUGGGAAUUUCCUACACCGCCGGGCAAUCAUAUCGAGUAACCCAUCUCCGUCCGGGACGACCACUGAAGCCACUGGUGCUGAAGAGUAGCCCUGAAUGUUCCGUGCCGUACUUUCCCAAUGGGAUCACCAAACUACGACAGCGUAGUAGGAUGAUCCGGUUCACGUGCGCCAGUGGAUUCACGCUUGUCGGUAAUACGUACUCAAUGUGUGAGAAAGGACGCUGGGAUACACAGAUACCGAUCUGCAUCAGAUCCGGAUGUACAGAAUUAGCGGCGAUUGAGAAUGGUCAAAUUUCCUACGAACAUGGACAAGCCGCUGCGAUGUUGUUUUGCAGUACCGGUUAUCAGGUGGCGGGAUCGACCAAAGCAUAUUGUAACGGAACACACUGGGAUCGUCCUUUAGGUAGCUGCAGGAGGACGGGAAUUGCGGUGCAAACCGUUUGCGAUUUUGAAGUAGAUGAUCACUGUGGAUGGAUGAACGAAGCGACGCAUGAUUUCGAUUGGAAGAGGAGCGAUGGAGUAGUGUCGCCCAAAGCGCUUAAAACGGGUCCAAAGCAUGAUCAUACGACGAUGGUUCCUCGUGCGGGACACUUCAUGAUGGUGGAUUCUGUUGAGCAGUUUACGAAUGAAACUGCCCGUUUUAUGUCUCCGAUAUACCCGGCCAAUUAUAGCUCGAAGGCAUGCUUUUUAUUCUACUAUCACAUGUUUGGUGAUUCCGUGGGAACUCUAUCCGUACAUGUGAGAGCAUCAUCAAAAUUAUUAGACGAACUGAACAAGGAUACCGCAAGUCUAGUGCUGAGCGGCAAUCAUCGUAAUGUUUGGAACGAAGGGUAUUUCGAUCUGCAGGAACUGUCGGAAGAUUUUCAAAUCGUGAUCGAAGCUACUUUGGGAAUGAAAUACAAAAGUGAUAUAGCUAUCGAUGAUGUCAGCUUGUUGAGUGGAGACGAUUGUCGUUACAAAUCAACGGAAGAUGACGCAGUGGAAGUAUCGUCUAUAGUACCGGAAGAAGAACCUCAAGAGGAGCCGAGUGUCGACGACGUUUUCAAAAUAGACUCGUGUGAGAAUCGUUGUGGAAAGAAUAUCACUUUGCCGCCCCAAGUUGACCAAAAGAAUUGGAUUCACUGUGAUUGUAUUGAGGGAUGCGUUGAUUCCAAAACAUGUUGUCCAGACUACGUAGAAUUGUGUGUUUUCGUCGACCAAAAUCCUAAUUUUCUGAGCACAAGCACUACGACAUCUACCGCGAAGUCAACGCAAAUGCAGAGUACAACUUCUACACUUUCAACAGUGACUAAUACAUCAACAACUAUUCCAACUUCAACGACCGCCAAAACAACGAAGCCGACUGUAGCGUUAACUUCCUCGUCCACGACAGCAAUCAUUCCUACUUCCAAAAGUGCUCCCACAGUUUCAACGCCAUCUUCCCUUAAUCCAACAAAUAAAACUACCUUCCCUUACAACCUCAGACCGCGAAAUACAACAGUGAAGCCAGUGUUCGUUCCGAUGCUGCGGACUAGAAGAACCACAACCUCAACUACAACUGUCGACGAAGCUGUGCUUCAUGAUGAAACCACAGAAUCUUCGGUGGCGAUAAAAAUGUACGACAAGUGGAGCGAAUGGGACGAGGACUGGGCGGUUGAAGCGAAGCCAAAUUUAUCACGAAUCUUCCUUUUCACUGCCAUUGGCGCUAUGUCCGUCGGAUGCACUGUGCUGUUGAUUGUGUUGCACAUCCGUAGGAAUACAGGCACGAGCGUUCUGAACCGGUUGAAGCAACAAUCGAUGAAGAAGAAAUCGGGAAGCGCGGAAGGGUUUGAUGACGUUAGGUUUUUAGCGGCGGAUGAACACUUGGAUUUCAGCAUACCGGAUGAUGGUGAAGAAGCUGUUGAAGGCAGCGGAGAUAACGAUGCAGAAAAGAAUACGGAGAACAAAGUGGCUAGGAAAGCGAAAAGUAAACUCUGCAUAUCGCAAUUAUAAUAAUUUUCCAAUAAAGUUGCACAAACUGCAUA